AUGUCUAUCAAACUUCAUCCCCCUGUACCCUUCAUGGAAGACCUGGCGGCAGAACUGCUUGUCGACAUCUUUGAAUUUGCUUGCGUAGGCGAUCAUGGCCAAACCGCGCGCUCGUUGUCCCUGAUCUCAAGACGCAUCAGAGAGGCCUCCCGUCCAUUUCUCUUUCGAGCUAUAUUCCUGCACGCCACCCCCACCAAACUACAACAGCUCAUCCACCGCAUGGAGGUCGAACGUGAACGAUGUCCGGGAAUGCGACCCAGAUGUCGGCAUCUCUUCCUCGAGUGUCCCCAUAUGGACCCGGACGAGUCGGCAGAAUUUCCGACUAUCGACGAUUCCCCGACGUCUUUCCAUGGCGAGCCAUCCUCUAGCGUCCUCUCUUAUUCUACCCAUCAGCGAAUGGCGACCUUCUGGGAGCAGUGGUCGCGACUCGUAUCCUCGCUCCUCCGCGCCACAGCCCCAGACCUCGAGACAUUCACGUUCGCAUCCCAUUCCGACUUUCCCGGCCCCAUCGCUUUUCCCUGCUUCUUCCCAGCUUUGCGCGAGCUGUGUGUAGUUCCAUGCGGCUUGUCUCCCAGCUUCAGCGUCACCACCACCCACCCACCAGUAUUCCCCUCGCUCCAACGACUCCAUCUGGUGUCGUUGUCCGAAGAGUUUCCAUCGAGCUUCGCCUCUCUGGUCCAACACACUCCGAAACUCACGCACCUACGUUUCUCAAAUCUUGCUCGCCAGCGGAACCUCAGGGCGUUGUUGAAUCUAUACAAGGACAGCAACCCCGAUCCGGCCCUACCGAACCUCCAACGAGUCCUCAUCCAACCCAGCUCGCCCCCGUGGCCCGAUGGCCCGUGCGGUAGCCCAUACAUGCUGUACCUCGACUUCGUCACACGGUUGUGGUGCUCCGCACAGCUGGCGCGCGUGCCCGUGUAUCUCGUUCCGGGGAACGUGAAGUUCAGAGAAGCGGAUCACGAGAAUUUGGUGCAGAAGACGAGAGAGGAAUGGCUAGAUAGGAUCGCGGGUCGCGAGGGGUGCUGGGCCGUCGAGGAAGAUUGGGCAAAUCGGAACGUUGACGGGCAUGCUAUUCCUUGGCAUCUACUCCUGAUGGCGAGGGAGCGAGGAGCGUGA